AUAUAUAAUUAUAAAUAAAAUUAUCAACAUUUUUUGUAAUAAUUGUUGUUAUUAAAGGUAGUUUGAGAUGAAGCAGCAAUGUUGGUGAUCUAUCCAUACCAUGUUUUGGCACACCGUUUUGUAUCGAUGUGUAUUUUUGGACCAUGCAGGCCGACAAAUAGAGAUUCUGAGGAGGGAAUCAACGGCCAUCCAACUGGCCAAAAAAGACGAUUUCGAGUGCAGCCAACUAAAAAGCUUGGGUGUAAGGCCCAGAUCACUGUUAGGGAGUUAACCGUGUAUCCAGACUACAUCGUUCCAACAUCCUGUAACAACAAACACCAGAUGGAACGAGUCAUUAAACCAUCGCUCUUGAACAAGUUAAAAUCGAUAAAGAACACAAUGAAGCAAAUUAAAAAAUAA